AUGUUGCCUGGUGGGGUACAGGCGAAUCUGUUCUUGUUUCCUCCCUGCUUAUCUGCGGAUAUUUCUCAGGCGUUUCUCUCGUGUAUGGUGUCAGUGGUCGUCAUGGCGGCGGCCAGGACGGACAAUUCUUGCCGAUCCUAG